AUGCGAAGGCUGUACUUGACAGAUAGGCACCUUCGUGUAAUGUUUUGGUGCAUUCUGCUCGGACUGCAACCAGCUUUCGCUGGUAUCCUUGACCCCUUCAACUGGGCGCGCUCCGACCGAAUUGAGGUCAACAUACCGUGGCUGCCAUUUGAAAAUGAAACGAGGUGCUAUGAUGAAUUAGGAUGUCUGAAUAUAACUCGCAGCUGGUACCACUUGAUACAUAGACCGUUCAACGUGUUCCCACUUCCCAGAGUAGUUAUUAACACCAGAUUCAUCCUAUACACAAAGAAAAAUCCAACAGACGGACAGCUGUUGAACGUAAAUCUAAAUAAGACAAUAACAAAAUCAAACUUCGAUCCUAAUCGUCUAACUAAAAUGAUCAUUCACGGAUUCAUAGACACGCCUCUCUCUAACUGGGUUAGUGAGAUGAAAGAUGAAUUGGUAAAAGCAGGUGAUUUCAACGUGGUGGUAGUUGACUGGGCCGGAGGAAGUUUGCCGCUAUAUACACAAGCCACCGCUAAUACUAGAUUAGUAGGUCUCGAAGUCGCCCAUUUCGUGAAUACACUCCAAAAAGAUCAUGGAUUAAAUCCUUUGGAUGUUCACAUAAUAGGACACUCUCUAGGCGCUCACACGGCCGGUUACGCUGGAGAGAGAAUUAAGAACUUGGGAAGAAUAACCGGUUUAGAUCCCGCAGAACCUUACUUCCAAGGAAUGCCGACACAUAUAAGGCUUGAUCCUACCGACGCUCAGCUAGUCGAUGUCAUACAUACGGAUGGAAAGAGCAUUUUCCUUUUAGACUUUGUAUUUAUGGCAGGAUAUGGAAUGUCUCAACCGGUUGGUCAUUUGGACUUUUAUCCGAACAAUGGGAAGGAACAACCCGGUUGCGAUUUGACAGAGGGACCUUUGAUACCACUGACACUGGUGAAGCAAGGCUUGGAGGAAGCUUCUAGAGUACUGGUAGCGUGCAAUCAUGUGCGAGCUAUUAAACUCUUUACAGAAUCAAUCAAUAGCAAAUGUCCCUAUAUAGGUCAUCAAUGUCCUUCAUAUCAACAUUUUAUUAGCGGGAAGUGUUUCCACUGCGGUCAUGGUUGUGCUAUCAUGGGAUUCCACGCUGAUAGUUCUCCUGGUUUGAUAACUAAUAAAAACAAUCAGACAGAAAACGAGGUAUAUCCUUCAGAAGAACAAGACACAAUCGGUGCAAAAUACUUCCUGAGCACUGGCAAAGAACAACCCUUCUGUCAGCGUCAUUACAAAAUAGUUAUACAUUUGGCCAAUCCUAAAGGAGCUGAAUCGUGGGUGCAGGGCUUCCUGAAAGUUACUCUACAAUCUGACAAAGGAGUUAUUAGGGGAAUGGAUCUUACUCCAUCUAAUUACGUAAAGUUAGAACAUGGCACAUCUUAUACAAUUGUUGUUACAAAUCCUAUGGAUUUAGGUGGUAAAGUGAGAAAAGUAGAGUUGUCAUGGGAGUACGAUAUGAAUGUACUGGAACCUCGAUCUCUUUGUAUUUUAUGGUGUAACGAUCGACUCUACGUCAAGUCUGUUCUCGUAGACCAAAUGGAGCUACCAAGCAGAGGAAAAAGAAACGUAGACUUCAGCAGCAAAUUAUGUACACCGAAGCGAGAAUUUGCUGAAAUACCCAACCGAGGAUCAGCCAGUUUCUACGAUAGCUGUGGAAGAUAG